UGCAUUGACAGCUGCUGCCGCGAGUAUUGACCAAUUCUCUGAGAGCGCGGAGGAAGCAUUUCCGUGGGCCUCGAAAUUGUGGGACCGCUUUGGUCGUCUGUCUCUUGUUGUGCCCUUGCGUUGGUGUUCCCUUUGGAGGCGGCGGCCCCCCUUGCCUUAUCAGCGGCUCUUUCCCAUUCUCAUUUUUAUUGAAUCUCCCCGUUUGAUUGGGCGAUUUAUCACAUUUCGGUGUUCGGUUUUCUGUUUUCUGUUUGCAUUAGUCACACGCGCCAGCAGCAGCAGCAGCUGUUAAUCGAUCGCGUUUUUAUUGUCAAUUACCAAGUUUAUCAUUUAAUUUGUAAAGUUUCAGCAACGCAACUAUAAAUAGAAGUGAAGUGUUGAAAAGGCGUAGACAGAUUUACAGUUUAAACUGAUUCGCGAUUAAAGUUUUUAAGUGUCACAAACGUGUGUGUUUUAUGUGUAAAAUCACUUGAACAGCAAAAGAUUUAUUUAGCUAAGAAGGAAGUCAACGAUUUUGCAAACGAAGGUCAGAAAACCAUGAGACACUCUGCAGGCGACUGCUGCGCGGUUUGAGCGCGUCUUUAGACGCGCGGUCCUUCCUCGCCAAUACUACAAUGAUGAUGAUGGGGCACUGCAGCAAGCACCUGGCCCUUGGCUGCCUGAUACUCUUCCUUUUUGUGCUCCAUGUCCUCAGCAAAGAGCAGUCGCCGUCCGGCGAGCCAUCGCCAUCGGCAUCGCAUCACCGACAGCAUCAGCAGCAGCACCAUCGCAGCCGUUCGGGAAAGCGUUUCUCCCGCGACUCAAACGGACCGCGCGAACGACGACCGAAUAUCAUACUGAUCCUCACCGACGACCAGGAUGUGGAGCUGGGAUCGCUGAACUUUAUGCCGCGCACCCUGCGCCUCCUGAGGGACGGGGGGGCCGAGUUCCGGCACGCCUACACAACCACGCCCAUGUGCUGUCCGGCACGGUCGUCGCUGCUGACGGGCAUGUACGUGCACAACCACAUGGUGUUCACCAACAACGACAACUGCUCGAGUCCCCAGUGGCAGGCCACGCACGAGACCCGCUCCUACGCCACGUAUCUGUCGAACGCCGGCUACCGCACCGGGUACUUUGGCAAGUAUCUGAACAAGUACAACGGCUCGUACAUACCCCCGGGGUGGCGCGAGUGGGGCGGGCUGAUCAUGAACUCCAAGUACUACAACUACAGCAUCAACCUGAACGGGCAGAAGAUCAAGCACGGCUUCGACUACGCCAAGGACUACUACCCGGAUCUGAUAGCCAACGACUCGAUUGCAUUCCUGCGCUCCUCGAAGCAGCAGAACCAGAGAAAGCCCGUCCUGCUCACGAUGAGCUUCCCAGCGCCGCAUGGCCCGGAGGACUCGGCACCGCAGUACAGUCAUCUGUUCUUCAAUGUGACCACCCAUCACACUCCCUCGUACGAUCACGCACCGAAUCCGGACAAGCAGUGGAUCCUCAGGGUCACCGAUCCCAUGCAGCCCGUGCACAAGCGUUUCACCAAUCUCCUGAUGACCAAGCGCCUGCAGACGCUCCAGAGCGUGGAUGUGGCCGUCGAGCGGGUGUACAACGAGCUGCGGGAUCUCGGAGAGCUGGACAACACGUACAUUGUGUACACCUCGGACCAUGGCUACCAUCUGGGACAGUUUGGCCUGAUCAAGGGCAAGAGCUUUCCCUUCGAGUUCGACGUGCGAGUGCCGUUCCUCAUCCGUGGCCCAGGCAUACAGGCCUCCAAGGUGGUCAAUGAGAUCGUGUUGAAUGUGGAUCUGGCUCCCACUUUCCUGGACAUGGGGGGAGUGCCGACGCCCCAGCACAUGGAUGGACGCAGCAUCCUGCCCCUGCUGCUCAGCAGGAACCGCGCUGUGCGGGACAACUGGCCCGACAGCUUCCUGAUCGAGAGCUCUGGGCGCCGGGAGACGGCCGAUCAGAUUGCCGAGUCGCGGGCACGGCUCCAGGCCGAGCGGCGCAGCAUGAAGCUGGCUAACAGCUCGCUGCUCGAGGACUUUGUGGGCGGAGGCACAGGAUCCACACCCGGCAGUACUGCUGCCACGCUAAUGAGCUCCAGCACCACCCUGCAGCAGCAGCAGCAGCAGCAGCAGCAGCAGCAGCAGGAUGACUUCGAGGAGGACACGGAUAUCGAAGAGGAUGACCUGGAUGGAGAUGGAGCCAUGGACAGUUCAGCGGCGGCCUUGGAGGACGAGGAUCUGGAGGAUGCCGCUGCCGAGGAAGAAGACGACGAGCUGGAGGAGCAAGAGCUACUCCAGCAGCAGGACAACAAUCUGCCAGUGGCCCCGUACAUAACCAAAAUGAUGCGUCUCAACUCGGAGUGCUCCGAUCCGGCGCUGCUAAAGAACUGCCUGCCCGGACAGAAGUGGAAGUGCGUCAACGAGGAUGGACGCUGGCGGAAGCACAAGUGCAAGUUCCACCUCCAGCUGGAGCACCAGUUGGCGGCCAUGCCCCGAAAGCAGUACCAGCGCAAUUGUGCCUGCUUCACCUCGGACGGGCUGGUGUACACCAAGAUCCGAGCACCGUCCGCCAGCGGCGGCCACCGCCUGAACAAGCGCACGAACCAUGGCCAGGGCAAGCGCAGGAACAAGCGGGCGGUCGUCUACCACACGGAAAUGCCCUACGAAAUGGAGGAACUGCUGGAUCUGCACCAGAAAAUCGAUCUGCUGGCAGUGGCAGAGACAGAGGCUGAGCCCAGCCAUCGCAGCAAGCGGGAGGUGGCCGCCAGCGCCAAUGCCAGCGCCAGCUCCAACGAAACGAUUGCCCAGGUCAUCCAGCAGAUACAGACCACCCUGGAAACCCUGGAGCACAAGUUCAACGAGCACGACCUGCACAGUCCGAACGGAAACUCCAGUGCCAAUUCCUUUGUGCGUGGCGGAAAGUUCCCCAAGACUGGAGGCCGUGUUGGCCACCGCUGCUUUGUGGAUGCCAACACGGGCAAGGUGAACUGCUCGGAUGUGAUCUACGAUGACGAGAAGACGUGGCGCACCUCACGCAACCAGAUCGAUAUGCUGAUCAAGCUGCUGAAGGACAAGAUCGGCAGACUGAAGGAGAUGAAGAAACAGCUGAGGGAGAGCAACAAGCAGGCCCUGGCCGCUGGCCGACGCAACGAGAGCCGCAGGCGCAACGAGGCCAAUCUUUUGGGGGAGACUGGAGCCGGACCUGAGUUCAACAUGAGCUACUUUACGGGAGUGAGCAGCACGCCCCGGACCAGUGCCAAUGGUGUGGGACAAAAGGAGAUCUUCCGUGGCUUUGGCAGUGCCGCCGUCUUUGAUUCCGUGGAACAGCAGCAGCCCCAGACGCCGCGCUAUGCCUCGCGCGCCGAGUGCUACUGCGAGCCAGAUGCGGGAGAGAACUAUGCGGACUCGAAGGAAAUGGCCCGGGAGGCGCGUCGAAAGCUUAAAGAGGAGCGUCAGCGGAAGAAGGAGCGCAAGCGCAUCAAGAAGGCCCGCCUGGAGAAGGAGUGCCUGUCCGAGAAGAUGAACUGCUUCUCGCACGACAAUCAGCACUGGCGCACGGCUCCCUUGUGGAACGACAGCCCCUUCUGUUUCUGCAUGAAUGCCAACAACAACACGUACUCCUGCCUGAGGACCAUCAAUGCCACCCACAACUAUCUCUACUGCGAGUUCACCACGGGCCUGAUAACCUUCUACAACCUGACCAUAGAUCGCUUUGAGACCACGAAUCGUGCUGCCAGCCUGACGGCCGCCGACAGAGCCCACAUGCAUGAUGCCCUGGAGCAGCUAAAGGGCUGCCGCGGACGCAACUGCAGCGUACGCAGACAUCAAGCGCACCUGGAGUCUGGCUCCGCUCCACAUUUGCCCGCAGUCAUCAAUCAAGUUCAGCGCAACAACAAACGCAAACACUCUCCUCUGUCGGGCAGUGUGGGCAACUUUGGUUUUGUGGGCAGUCGACUGGACAUGGACGGGCUGCCGCCCUUCAAGCGUCGCAAGCUAUCCAAAUACCACAGAUGGACUGGCUCGCAGCAGACGCAUAUGAAGAGGCGCCCCUGGAAGCAGCAGCAGCAGCAGCCACAGCAGCAACAGUCCACACAGCAGUCCACCCGAUUACUGCCCACGCAGGCUGUGACCGCAGCAGCGGCCUAGACAGAGAUGGAGACGCAGUUGGAGAUGGGGAUGGAAAGUUGGAGUUAGAGUCUCCCCAGUGAAUACACAUAUCCUAUGCGUACCUUGCUUGCCACUUGCCACCUGCCACCUGCCACCUGCUCCUCCUACCCAGCCCCUCUUUGGUUAGCCCCCACAUUGGAUUUCUUCAUACAUAAAUAAGACUGUGUUUUUUUUUUAAUCCAUCUACUUACGUUUAGUCUCGUUUAACCAGAACUGUUUGUGGUCCUACGACUGCAUUCGUCUUGCAAUAUUUACUCUGUUCUGUACUCGUACAGUGCCCUACAGUUUACGACUUUUAAUUAGCUCUUAGGCCCCUUAAUUUGUAUAUAAAUUUAGACGGAACCGCUAACAGUUAUCGAAUACGAACUAUACUAAAUAAAUUAUUUAGCGAAAUUGGUUACAAGUUAAAUUAGUUGAGUAAAACCUAGCAAAGAAAUCGAUUAACUGUAGCGAACGAAUCCAAAUCAAUCUGUAUUUAUUGGCCAUCCUUGCUAAAGGAACCAAACGCUAUGCAAGUAUAACAAUUUGUUGCCACCGUGUAUUAGAGAACUAAAACCAUAUUUAUGCCCGACUAGUUACGUUCUAGGUGUUAAGUCCCCCGCCCCCCCACAGAGCCUCGAAAGGCGUUUUUGCAGCUGCCGCCGCGCUUCGCCUACGAACAAACAUACAGAAUAUUGUAUCUGCCACGUUAAUAAUGUCAUAAAAUUAACUUUAAACACACGUACAUGCAUAUUCAAAUUCAACUUGAUAACGAAACAAAGUAAAAACAAAUAAAGUUGCAAAUUAUAAACAUUUAA